UCCGGCCGUGCUCCUCGCUCUCCUUCCCGGCAUACGGCGCCUGGUGUUCGUCAUCCACGACGCACCGGUGGCCCGUCUUCCACGCCGCACGAGUAGGGGCGCAUCUAGCCUGCUCAUGGGGCUCAACCCUACCUAGCACCCGCGUUAGCCCCGGGUCAAAGAGACGCGUCGCAGCUGCCCGCCUCCAAAUCCCCCACCAUGCCCCGCGCUCGCAGGCCUCGCCGUGAAUGGUCGGACGGCGUCCCGCCCGAGCUUCUUGGCGUCAUCUUCCUCGACCUGGCCUGCCUCGCCGACCGUGUCUACUUCGCCGCCGUCUGCCGCUCGUGGCGCUCUGUCGCGAGGGCGGCUGGCGGCCCGCCGGCGCCGCGCCAGCUCCCGUGGCUCCUUCUCCCGUCCUCCGACAAGCCCUCCUUCUUCAGCCUCCACUCCGGGGCCAAACGCUGCCUACGCCUCCCAGAGAGCGUCCGCGGCGCGCGCUUAUGUGGCUCCCAUGAUGGCGGCUGGGUCGCGCUCGCCUUCGAGCAGUGGCGAGGGUAUGCGGCCGUCAACCUCCUCUCUGGCGCGAGGGUUCUUCUCCCCGACAGGCUCAGGACUGCCCUGCCCCACCCGUUCGGGCCCCAUGCGAACACCGCCUGCGAGCACCACAUGGUCAUCCGCGCCAUCACCUUCUCGGGGUCACCCUCAGCAGAGGACUGCCUUGCCGCCGCUCACGUCUCCAGCGCCUCCAACAUCGCGUUCUGGCGGCAGGGAAUGAACAGGCACUGGAUCACGUGCGGGGUCGCUCUGGACGUAAUCCAGGACAUCAUCUACUACGAGAAUGGGUUGAAGCAAGGUUUCCAUGUCCUGUCAAAAACAGAGGACAUCGUGGUGUAUUCGCCCAACGCCGACAAGGGCGCCCCUCUGGUGAUGACCCGUACCUCGUACCAGGUCCAGGAGCGUGCUGAUAUUCUCAGGCGCAAGUCACGCAUAGUGUCCCGCUAUCUGGUGGAGUCCCGCGGAAAAUUGCUAAUGAUCCUGCGGCUUGCCAAGGGUGGCAAGAAUGGGUUCAGAAUCUUUGAGAUGAACCUUGUGAUUGCUCCGGAUGGGGGCUCUGAAGCUUCUUGGGUGGAGCUUCACUCGCUUCCUGGUAGGGUGCUCUUGCUUGGUCGCGGCUGCUCUAGGGCCGUUGAGGUGUCUCAGUUCAACAGGCUCCAACUGGGCAGCAUCUAUUACUUGGACGAUACUAGCUUCGACAUAUCCUUGGCAUUAAGCAGUGGGAGUAAGUAUUACAGUACUGACAUGGGUGUUUAUGGUCGCAAAACACUAAAUAGGGCGCGUAGUGUACGGCGCUUUCCGCGUAAAUGUACUUCAGAGGGCUCUCCACCAAUCUGGUUUAUGCCCUGACUCUGUAUGCAGUUUGGGGGAAUUUAGCAAGUCUGGCUCCUUGCAAUUUUUUGCAGUAUGCUAAAAGAUGCCAGACACUGUAUAUUCAGAAAUAAGUAAGUAGAUUCCUGUGAAACAAAUGUAUGACAUGUUGGAAUCAUUAAUCAAUUAUAUUUUAUGUCA